ACAGAAUCGUGAAUAAGGACAAGUAAAGUGCAUGGAAAGCAGCUUUCAUGACCAAUCUUGCUGCUUUCCGGGCGGAGUUGGACGCGGAUUGCACAAUCCGGAUCCGCGAGUCUUGGGUUUCCCUUCCUUCACCGGCCGCGGUAGAAGGCAAGUGAUGCCGCAUCUCCCUCAUCUUGCAUCCCACCUUCUUUCCCCUCUCGAUAUCACGUUCUCCUUCCUGCGGUUCGCGCACCACACCUUUGCCUUUUCUCAGCGACUCUUCAUUUCUGUCACUCCCCUUCCCCUGAUACUAGUGUGGAAGUGUGCUUCGCAUCUUGAUCUUGCGAAGCUCCACAUCUCCAUCAGUCACCUCGCAAUGGUACCGGCACCAACGCUCGCACCAAGCGUCGACAUUGCCCAUCCCCGCGUCAUGUUCGACAGCGUCCCAGACACCAUCGAAGCGAUCAAGCGCGGCGAGUUUGUCAUCGUUCUGGAUGAUGAGGACCGCGAAAAUGAAGGUGAUUUGAUCAUCCCUGCGCAAAACAUCACCACCGAGCAGAUGGCUUGGUUCAUCCGGCACACCAGCGGUUUCAUCUGCAUUUCGCUGCAUCCCGCACUCAUUGCAGCCCUGGACAUUCCCAUGAUGGUGCCGCACAAUACAGAGAAGAACAAGACGGCUUACACAGUCACAGUGGACUACUUGCACGGCACAACGACAGGCAUUUCCGCCCAUGAUCGGGCAUUGACAGCCAGGAAGUUGGCUGAAUCAGGCAUUUCUGGAAGCGUGCGGAAGGAUGAUUUCGCUAGACCUGGCCACUUGUGUCCCCUGAGGUAUACAGAAGGAGGCGUGCGGAGAAGGGGCGGCCACACAGAAGCGAGCGUUGAUCUCGCCGUAGCAGCUGGCUUGGCCCCCGCAGCGCUGCUGUGCGAGCUGGUGGACCCUUCAGAUCCGGCAGGUGGCAUCGCUGCGCGCGAUGCUUGUUUGGCAUUCGCCAAGGAGCACAACCUGCGAGUGACGACCAUCGAAGCUUUGCGCAAAUGGAGGGAAGCGCAGGAGGGAGACGUGAUUCCAAACGGCGUGGCGGCCGAAGCGUUGGAUCGGGAAAGAGGGGUGCGCAUGGAAGAGCAGGGCGUCGCUCCACCUCAGUUGGCCUGAUGAAUAUGGUUUGGCACAUGCGAACGGAAUGCUAUACUUAUAGAAGCAAGGGCUGGCUGCACAACCACGCCGCGCAGUGGAAGCAUGCUUGCUAAAAUUUGCUCAUUUUUGAAAGCUGUUUCCAGCCCAUGUCUGCCUACCAGGGCUGUUGCGCGCGCCGGUGAGCUAGCGAUGCCGCCACCGUCUCGUGCAGCACUGGCUGUGUAGGUGGAAGCAGCGGCGGGUGCAGGUCAGCGGAGU